AUGCCUGUUGAGGACCAAAAUGACCGAGUCGUCGUUUCUCAUCCUACGAAAAAGGAUGUGAAAGUGACCAUUCUCAAGUACGGAGCUACUGUGAUUCUGUGGGAGGCCAAUGGCGCUGAGCAAUUGUGGCUCUCGUCCGCUGCCAAGUUGGACGGAUCGAAAGCCGUCCGUGGUGGGAUUCCCCUCGUAUUUCCCGUUUUUGGCAAACAGAAGAACCCGGACCACCCCACUUUCAAAUUGCCUCAGCACGGAUUCGCUCGCACAUCCACCUGGGAAUUCCUUGGGCAAACUACCGAAAAUCCCGUCGCCGUACAAUUUGGUUUAGGUCCGGAAAACGUCGAACCCGCGACUCUCAGUCUCUGGGGUGAAGGUAAAUACGACUUUUCGCUUAUCCUCACCAUUACGCUUGGUGAAGACUUCCUUGAGUCCCAAAUCGAAGUAGAAAAUACCGGCAAGGAUGACUUUGAAUUCAACUGGUUGUUCCACACAUACUACCGGACUCCCGACAUCACGGACACUUUAGUCACCAACUUAGUUGAUCAGUCGUGUUAUGAUCAACUCAUUGCGGAAGAAUACAAAGAGAAAUCCCCUGUGAUUUCCUUCCACGAGGAGUUUGAUCGCAUUUACAAGAAUGUACCCACCGACUUGUUGAUCCAGAUGGUUCAAUUCGGUAAAGUUCUCCACAACGUGGAGCGCAAAAACUUGCCCGACGCUGUCGUGUGGAAUCCUUGGAUCAAGAAGCUGCAGGGCAUGGGUGAUUUCGAACCCAAGGAGGGUUACAAGAAUAUGUUAUGCAUUGAGCCGGGCCAUGUGAGUGAAAUGGUAAAGUUAUCACCCAGAAAGAAGUGGCAGGGGGCACAAAAGGCGUUUCUUGGUGGUGAGAUCAACAUUCAAUCCAAUAUCUUUCAGUAA